GGUUACCCUGGGAACGAAACUUGUACCCAGGUCCACAUCGGAAAUAGAAAUGGCGGAUUUGUUGUUGUUGCUGCGUUAGCUGCCCGGAGAAAGAGCAAAGAAAUGGCUUGUACGGUGGGGGUACCAGGAUGGAAGAAAGUAGUUACUCAACGGAAGAGUGGAAAAACGAAAGGAAGAUUUGAUGUUUGCGUAAUCAGUCCAGAGGGCAGAAAAUUUCGUUCACGCGUUGAACUUCAGAGAUACCUUUCAUCAUGUUCAAACCAGGGCACUGGCUCUCUGUCGAUUGAAAAUUUUAACUUUGAAGUCUCAAGUUCUUUCGCUGAUCCACAUGAAAGUUCCGUGCAUACUUCUAUCGAAUCGCGUGAAUCUGGAGAAAUCAGUAAAGAGGAAGAAUCACAUCAAGAAGUCGAGAACAAAGACAAAUUUACUAAACUGACGUCGAAAUCGCAAGAUCGGACAUCUCCUUAUUUUGCAAAAACGAAAAGAUUGAAACGACGUCGAAGUGAAUCUCUCUCUACAGAUCUUUCUAGGGACGCUUACAAACCCGGAAGUAAAAGAUCUAGAUGGCGGAAAGAAACCGGGAAAGAAAUCACAAGGGGAAAACCCAUCAAAAUAAAAAUGGCGGGAAAACAAACACAAGUCACUACUAAACAUCCUAAACUCUCCACCAAACGAAAAUCUAGAAAAUCUAAAACGUCAACGCCAAUAGAGACGCUUGACAUUGGCUCAGGUGAAAAUGAUGUGAAGCUAUUGAGAGUUCAUGAAAGUGUUUCUACUGCUGUUUCCAGUAAUUACUUUAAACCAAGUGUUCCCCCGCACAAGUCCCAAUUGGCGCCCAGCUGGAUCCCUCCCAAGUCCCGGUUUAAUUUGAUUCAAGAAAGCCUUUUUCACGAUCCGUGGAAACUACUGAUUGCUACAAUAUUUCUAAACAGAACCUCGGGAGGCAAAGCUAUCCCAGUCAUGUGGGAUUUUUUUAAGAGAUAUCCAAAUCCUGAAAUUACAAGAAUGGCCGACUGGAAACAAAUUGCGGAGCUUCUCCAACCUCUUGGUCUUCAUGAGAAAAGAGCCAAGAUCAUCAUCAAAUUCUCAGAGGAGUUCCUAACAAAAGACUGGACUUACCCAAAAGAGCUAUAUGGCAUUGGAAAGUAUGGAGAUGACUCCUAUCGCAUUUUUUGUCUUGGUGACUGGAAGAAUGUAACACCCAAUGACCAUAAACUUAACUUCUACCACAAAUGGCUCUGGGAGCAGGAAAAGCAAGGAUUUUUAACACCAAAAGACUACUAGAUCUGAUCCUAACAAAGCAUUUAAUUUAGUUUUAUUUAAACUAAAAGUAAAAGUUACAUCUAAAAGGCGAGCUUCAUACAGAUUUUCCCACUAACUAUGAUAAAAAACCAUUGCAUUGUAAUCAAGACUAAGCAAUGAGUUACAUGCCUGUCUUUAUCAGUUAUUUUCAUAAAGUCCACAAGGACUGGAAUGCACUGUGGCAAACAAAAUGCCAGUAGAUACAAUUACAGUAGUCUACAUGUUUCUAGGUUUCUUUUUGUCAGUAACUAAAUGAGACAAUAAAAUGUCAUCUUUUCAAAGAAUAAUGCUUCUGGGGUAACAUAAGAGUUAUGGCUUAUGAAAAAAAUACACACUCAGAUGAAAGCCUUAGAUACCUUCAGACGAAACUAAUCAAUGACACCAAUAACAUCAAAGAGUAAUGGAUGGACAAUCAGGUGAUUAGUCAUUGAUUAUUGCCUAUAUCAAUGAGUGAUCAAUGAAUAAUCAAUAGGGCACAAAGUUUUCAGUCACUCUUUGAUGGUGUCCAUUAGCUAUUGAGUGCAUUGAUUAGUCACUGAUGACAUUCAUUUGUCAUUGAUAUAGUUUUGUGGCUACACAAGCCAUACUAAGCCAAAAAUAAAGAAAUAAGAACAUCAGUGACACAAUCAGCCAUACGCUCAUAGGUCAUGCACUGUUUUGUUCUUACCACAUUUUGACAUUAUCUGUGAUCAAUUACGGAACAAAAUGAAACCCAUGGCAACAUAGAAUCUAUUUGUUAAACAGCAGAAAAAUUGAAGCAAUUACAAGUAACCAGCAACUUUUUACAUGUUAGACAGUGUACAAGUCAAAAUUUGCCUCAGGAUAUAACUUUGUGCACAUAUUCUGUAGGUAGCUAGCUAUGACAUGCUAAAAGUAAUCCAGGUACAUCACAUGACACUGGUCUGAUCACAAAGGUUGGCUUCGCGAGGUGGUUUGUUAAUGGUACUAACCCAAAAACGUGUCAUGACUAUUCAGCAGGAUUAUAGUUCCAGCAGUCAGUAUUCCUGUUUUCAAGUGUCAUUUAAGAAACAACAUCUGUUGAAUAAUGUUAAUAUUGGUUGGUUAUCAUACUCGUACAACCAGUCAAACUAUGGCCUGCAUAACAUGAAGCUGCAUAAUUAAUACAUUUCUUCUACUUCUGGUUAACAAUGACACAUUGAAAUGCUUGAUCAAAACUGAGCAAGCAGUCUGAACAAAGCACUUCAUUUAUUACUCGAGUAUAACUAAAUGAUUUCUAAUAAUAACUUAUUUUUAUAAUCAUAUUUAUCACAAUUCUUUAUUGUAGUGAUACUUUUUAUGAAAUCAACAUUUUUACCAUUUUUUACCAGAAGCUCACAUGUAUCAUAUAUCUUACAAAUCGAUUCUAGUUUGUAGUACUUAUUACUGUACGUUACGAGUCUUAAAGUAUUUUUGGGAGCCAGUAGGGUGAGUCAAAAUACAAAGGACUUGUAAAAAUGUACAGAGAUACUACACAUUAAAAAUGUCUAAAAAGAGAUUUAUUAUUCAACGUUUUUCUUUUCCCAUAAACAAAACUUACAUUGCAUUCUUAUACAACGGUAUUUUCCACAGCGCACACUCUCAAGGGAACUAAGGGGACUAUUUCCCGUAAAGGAACAAUGCGAAUGGAACCUACUUAAGGCAACUCACAAAGCCCUUCACAACCCAUAUUGGCCAAGUUAUCUGAAACUUAAUGUAUUUCAACACG